UUAUAAUUUCAGUAAAGUAUACCGAUGUGUGUAUUUAAUACAAAAUAUUUUAUGUUAACUUUUAACAAGCUGAUUACACAGUUAAUUUGCUCUAUGCGGCCAUCGAACCCGUAGGUACCCACUAUCCAUAGCGCAGCUGGUAUGCUCAGUCACUACGCUAAGCAUUAAGCUUGAAUCAAUAUUAAUAGUAUGUCACAUCUAUCAUAUUAUCCUCAAUACUCUUUGUUUCAAUUUAUUUCCAACUAACCUUUGUAUGUUAUUUGAUGACAAUAUUAAUCUUAUGUACAUAUGUGAACUAUGCAAUGUUCUUAACCAAUCAACCCGCGUAACCUCGGUACAGGAUAAUUCAAUAACAUUCUCAAUGACACUAAUAAUUUAGAUGAAGUAAUUACUAGGUUAUUGUAUAAGGAUGUUUCACACAAUCCUAUUGAUGAUCAAGGAUUUUAAUCAAACUGUAGUACAACUGGGUAUAAAUAUCAGGAAUAUAACGUACUUAGUUUAGAUGUACGUUAUCAGUUUUACGCGACAUGCAAGCUCUAAUUUAUUCAAAGAAAGGGCAAGUAGUUUUCCGUUGUCUAAGAAUACUGCAUCUACUUUUCACCAUAGAGGUUUUCCUUACAUUAUUGUACUCAUUUCCAGCGUGAGCUGCUCUCCGUUGUCUCAUUUCCAAGUUGAGUUUCAUCGCUCUCGGUUCAAAUUAGUGUGUUAAGUUUAUGUUAGUGCAAUCAUUUUCAUAACCAGUGUAAGAAAUAAUAUUUUGUAACUACAGUUCAUAUUAUUACAGUUUAAAAAGUUAUUCUCGUUGGAAGACAAUUAUUGUGUUUUAUGGUUUGUUUCUUAAUGAUACCGUCGAGCCUUUAGUAAGCCCUUUGCGUGGAUCGAUAUCAAUAUAAUGCCAUUCUAAAAUAUUAAGGGACAAUAGAGAUGAAGAUAACAUAAAAUUGCUGGAUAAUGGUAUUAAAAUAUCUGAGUGUGUUAUUGGGCUAAUGGAUUUCUAAUAUUCUUGUAAAAUUUAUUUUAUUUCUAUUUGAAUUAUAAUCCAUACAUGUAUGUGAAGACGAAAACCGAUAAUUUUAUUUAUUUUGAAUAUUCUGUGGUUACGUCUGACAUCUGCAGUAAUAUAAUAAGCUGGUUCUUUCGUCUCUACUGUACAUUGUCGAGCCAGUGAUUUAUGCGGAGCGUCUAGAGAAUGUGUAGGAAUAUCCUACAUGGCCCAUAAAGCGGUCAGCACCUAUCAGUGCCCAUCGAGACUCAGUUUUGAAUGAAAAAAGAGUAGCGACAGACGUCCCGCGAUGUUAGAUAAUUUAAUGCUGAAAAAAAUAACCAAGUGUUGUGAAUGGGGUUACAAAAAAUGUGUUUUGUUAGUGCAAAAUUAAUAUUGGUGGUGAUAUUUUGUAUUCACGUGAAGCAAGUUACCAUGGUCUCGAUUUUCGAACGCGAGGAGUACUGCGGAGUGUUGUUGAGUCAAUAUGAUCCCCAUUUACUGGACACUUUCAAAUUGGAAAUGUCGCAAGGAAUCGAGAGGUUUUUCCUGUUGUCCUACUGCCUGGCAUGUUGCUGGCCCGGGCUGGGUGCCAAGAGUGACCUACGAGUGGUGAGACAAUGGGCAGAACUCGACUUCGUGUUCCCCAGCGAGGAAGCCAAACAAAUAGCUAUUCAAAAGCGCUACUAUGUUCCUGGAAAUUCCGUGCCCAUAGACGUCGAUGUGCAUCAUAGACAAGGACCAUACCCAUCCCGUAUCUUCGUGACAAACCCUCGGUUUGAUGUAGGUCGGCCGAUCACAUUGGGUACCGUGGAUGAAUCUGGCAAAAUCGUCGCCUACCCAGACUACUCUUGGCAUGACAACCAGGGAUCCAACUGCGCCGGCAUGUCCUCGGUCUUCAGAGUUGCUAUAGAUGAAUGCCAGCGACUAUGGGUCAUGGACGCUGGUAAGAUCGAAGACAAGCAAGUGUGCCCUCCUCAGCUGCUUGCCUUCGACCUGGCGACCGACCAACUCAUCUACCGCCAUGUCGUCAACUCUUCAAACUAUGUGGAACAGUCCCUGUAUGUCACACCUAUUGUGGACGUGCGUCCUCGCGGGCCGGGUGAUUGUGCAGACACAUUCGUAUAUGUAGCUGAUGUGUCGGCCUUCAGUAUUCUAGUGGUCGAUGUGAUGAGAAACCAGGCCUGGCGCACCACUCACCGACUUUUCUAUCCCUUCCCGUCUCGAGGAACUUUCACUAUUGAUGGGGAAAGCUUUGACCUGAUGGACGGUAUAUUAGGUAUGGCUCUCUCACCAUACCAUCCCGGCAGAGAUCGCUUCCUCUACUUCCACUCGCUCGCUGCCACUACGGAGAACGUAGUGAACACGAAGGUUCUCAGGAACAAUUCUUACAUGCAUGACCCUAGCAUUGACCCAGACGCAAUUUAUGUUUUCCCGAAACAACGCUCAUCACAAUCAGCAGCUGAAGCCAUAGACCGCAACGGCAUUAUGUACUUCGGUCUCAUGGACCCACCCAGUAUUCUGUGUUGGAAUACUGCCACCGAAUUCUCUUCUCAAAAUUUCCACACAGUAGCUGCCGAUAGGGAAACCUUACAGUUCGCAAGUGGUCCACAUUUACCGGACUCUUUCAAAUUGGAAAUGUCGCAAGGAAUCGACAGGAUUUUCCUGUUGUCCUGCUGCCUGGCAUGUUGCUGGCCCGGGCUGGGUGCUACGAGUGACCUACGAGUGGUGAGACAAUGGGCAGAACUGGACUUCGUGUUCCCCAGUGAGGAAGCCAAACAAAUAGCUAUUCAAAAGCGCUACUAUGUACCUGGAAAUUCCGUGCCCAUAGACGUCGAUGUGCAUUAUAGACAAGGACAAUACCCAUCCCGUAUCUUUGUGACAAUCCCUCGGUUUAGUGAAGGUCGGCCGAUCACAUUGGGUACCGUGGAUGAAUCUGGCAGAAUCGUCGCCUACCCAGACUACUCUUGGCAUGACAACCAGGGAUCCAACUGCACUGGCAUGUCCUCGGUCGUCAGAGUUGCUAUAGAUGAAUGCCAGCGACUAUGGGUCAUGGACGCAGGUGUAAUCGGAGGUAAGCAAGUGUGCCCUCCUCAGUUACUCGCCUUCGACCUGGCGACCGACCAACUCAUCUACCGCCAUGUCGUCAAUUCCUCAAAUUAUGUGGAAAAGACUCAGUAUAUCACACCUAUUGUGGACGUGCGUCCUCGCGGGCCCGGUGAUUGUGCAGACACAUACGUGUACGUAGCUGAUGGGUCGUCCUUCAGUCUUCUAGUGGUCGAUGUGGCGAGAGACCAGGCCUGGCGCACCACUCACCGACUGUUCUACCCCUUCCCGUCUCGAGGAAAUUUCUCUAUUGAUGGUUUGACUCUCGUGCUGGACGAGGCUGACCGUAUGCUGGACAUGGGUUUCGAGCCUCAGAUUCGCAAGAUUGUCGAGAGCCACACGAUGCCAAAGACUGGCGAGCGCCAGACGCUCAUGUUCUCGGCGACUUUCCCUAAACAAAUCCAAGUGCUAGCGCAGGAUUUCUUAUAUAAUUAUGUUUUUCUUGCUGUUGGACGCGUCGGUUCCACAUCUGAAAAUAUCACCCAGAAGGUGGUAUGGGUGGAGGAAAUGGAUAAGCGUUCUUUCCUGUUGGAUUUGCUGAAUGCUUCCAACUUACUGCAACGUGCACGCCCGGAAGAGGAUCAACUGAUCCUUGUAUUCGUUGAAACGAAGAAAGGUGCCGACCAACUGGAAGUGUUCUUGGAUAACCUUGGUUACCCAGUCACGUCCAUCCACGGCGACCGAUCCCAGCGCGAGCGUGAAGAAGCUUUGCGCCGGUUCCGUUCCGGACAGACACCGAUUCUUGUCGCUACCGCCGUCGCGGCCAGAGGUUUGGACAUACCGCACGUGCGUCACGUGAUUAACUUUGAUUUGCCGUCGGACGUUGAAGAGUACGUGCACCGCAUCGGUCGUACCGGCCGUAUGGGUAACCUGGGCGUGGCCACGUCCUUCUUCAACGACACUAACCGUGGCCUCGCGCGGGACCUCGUUGAGCUCCUCGUUGAGGCAAAGCAGGAUGUGCCAAAUUGGCUGACGAGCACGGCAGCUGAUGGGCGCCUUGGUGGCGGCGGACGUCGGACUGGAAGCGGGUCUGGCGGGGGACGAUUUGCAAGCAGCGGCAGUGGCUUUGGCGCUAGAGAUUUCCGUACUCAAUCGCGUCAAACUCCACGAUCGGCAGGGCCAUCAACUAUUGGUUCUGGGUUCGGAUACGGCGGCGGGUCGUACGGCGGUAACUACGGCGGGUCGUACGGCGGCGGCGGCGGCGGCGGCAGCAGCGGCGGCCCCGACUGGUGGGACUCGUAA